UUUUGCGUCGCCAUUGGCCUGCGGCGCGGGACGGGCCACGCCCCCCUAGAGUGCUGAUUGGCUGUUUGGAGUGGAGGCCGGCUGCUUCCGGGAGCGCCCGCGGCGGCGGCGCUCUGGCCGGGUCCCCCCCCCGCCGGCGCCAUGAGCACCGAGACGCUGGUGAAGGACGUGAAACCGGGGCUGAAGAACCUGAACCUCAUCUUCAUCGUGCUGGAGACCGGCCGGGUGACCAAGACCAAGGACGGACACGAGGUUCGCACCUGCAAAGUGGCCGAUAAGACCGGGAGCAUCAACAUCUCGGUGUGGGACGACGUGGGGAACCUGAUCCAGCCCGGGGACAUCAUCCGCCUCACCAAGGGCUACGCCUCGGUCUUCAAGGGCUGCCUGACGCUCUACACGGGGCGCGGGGGGGACCUGCAGAAGAUCGGCGAGUUCUGCAUGGUUUACUCCGAGGUGCCCAACUUCAGCGAGCCCAACCCCGAGUACGUGGCGCAGCAGGCGCAGAGCAAAGGGGCGCAGAACGAGAGCGCGAACCCGGCCGCUGCGCAGCCCCCCCCGGCGGCGUCCCCAGCCCCCGACAGCCAGAACGGGAACGGGCUGAGCCCGGGGGGGCCCCCGCACCCCCCCAGCGCCCCCCCGCACCCCCCCAGCGGCCGCAUCACCCGCAGCCAACCCGGCCACCCCCCCGGGCCCCCCCCCGGCCCCGUCAGCAACGGCAAAGAGACGCGCAGGAGCGGCAAGAGAUAACGGGGGGAGCGCCCCCCCCGACCAUCGCUGGGUCCCCCCCAGGCCCCGAGCGGCCCCCGCGGUGACGGGGGGGUCCUGCUGCCCCCCCCCCACCCCGUACCCCCGGGGGUGGCCUGGCCCCCCCCACCUUGGGCUGGGGGUUCUGGGCAGGGCAGGGCAGAGCCCCCCCCCCAAAUCACUGCCAAGACGUGGGGGGGUUAAUAAAGGUUGAGCUGCUGCCUGC